ACGUCAACCGUAAACAGGUCGUACAACAACAAAGUGUAUGUGGCAAAAAUCUAUUUGUUAGUUAAAAUCAAUUUAAAAUGGUUAAAUAUUUAUGAAAAAUGAAAUGACACGUCAUGUAAACUACCAAUAGAUAACAUAACUGUAUAAUUGAUAUUGAUGAUAAGCUUAGUUUUUAAUAAAAACUGUUUGUCACUAUUUCAUAACUAAAACCAUUGAACCUGACACUGAGGAACUCGGUAUCCGUAUAGCGUUUAGUAUUGACGCUGUCAUAAUAGGCAUUCUGCCAUAUACACAGUUCUAUUGAAGUGUAUACAACAGAUGUAUUUAUCAGAAGAAGAAAUAAAAGACUAUGCCAGUAGAUCGUCGUGCAGCAAUACAGCUAGGACUGUUGUUAAUGGCAGUACCAGCACAGUAUUUGUUUACUAAAUUCAUGUCUACAACUGAUUCACAGAGAAGCUAUGCUCUAAGAAACUUAGUGAAUGAUGCAUCUGUGUUCCAAGAGAAAUAUUUAUCAUGGCAGACCUGGAAACGAUGGUGUACAGAUCUUCUCAAUUCUGUCUCUUCAUUAUCCGAGUCAGAUGACCCUUCUGUAGAUGACCCCCAGGGAGAAUCUCCAGCCUUAGAAGUGUUGAAAUAUAAAGAUCCAGAAGGACAUUUUGCAGCUUCUACGCAACCCAGAAGUCCAAGACCUCCAAAUGUGAAAUACAGAAUAGGUCAGGUGAUACGACAUAAAAUCUGGGGUUACAGAGGGGUCAUUGUUGGCUGGGAUCCUAAAUGUAGGGCACCAGCAGAUUGGAUAAAACAGAUGCAUGACAAAGAUAAACCAGAAUGGAGAGACAUGCCAAACUAUUCCAUUUUAGUAGAUACAAGAGAUAGAUUAACACCACAGUUAACGUAUGUUCCAGAAGAAAAUUUUGAAAUCAUCAGCAAUAUGAAGAUAAUGCAUCCAGGUAUUGAUGAAUAUUUCGAAGGAUUUGAUGGUGCUCAGUAUUUACCUAGACCCUGGAUGAAGGUCGUCUAUCCACACGAUUGAGUGGAUUCAAACUAUUGUAUUUUGUGCUAUCAGUUUUCACGAAAUUUCACUUGACAGUAUUGGAAUUCAUAAAUAGAGGAAUAACAUAGCAAACCAAGUGAGAAAGAUAACAAUGGCAUUAUUGAAAUGAUAAAUAAUCAAAUUUAUUAUUAAUUAUGCAAUGUGAUAUAAUGAUUACAUGAUCAGAUGUUCUUCUUUGUGUUGGCAAAUUUUAUUUUAAAAUAGGGCAAAAGGGAAUUGAAAAUUGCUUUUUUUAUUUCAUUUUAUAUUUUCAUGGACUUUUUUAGCAUGGCUUUAUAAAAGAAUGUAUAUUAUAGGAAUGAUUUUUUCAGUGAUAUGAUCUUUCAAUGCUACAAAAUAUAAGUACAUUUUUAUGCAUGAUUUUGUUCUGAUAACUGAUGAAUGUCAAUUAUUCAAGGACUGCCAUUAGAGCAUUUUUUAUCAGAUUAAAAACAAUGUUAUAUUAGGAUAAGGAAAAGCUAAUAAAAAAAAAUUGGUAUGUAUUAACACCAAGAGAGAUUUGUUUUCUCAGUAUACUGUCCAGAAUUGAAGUUCUUUGCAACUGUUUGCCUUUCAAUUUAUGUAUCCGGUAAGUCCUCCAAUAUAAAAGAUAAAAUUUGCAUAUUGAAGAACAAAUAUAAGAUUUUGUUUAAAUGCAAAAUUUCAACUGUACAAAUUCCAGUGUUGAGCAAUAUUAAUUAAAAGUAAAAAUAAGAUCUGUUUUUAUGAAGUAUAUUUUUUUUGACAUUUUUGUUUACAAACUUAUUUUUCGAAAUUAGAUGUUGAUCAUGAAUUUAAAAAGGUGGAUUACCUGAACAGUUCAAACCUAUCAAAUGUCAUUCAUUUGAUUGGAAUUCAGAAAACUGAUAGCCCAAAUUACUUCACCCAUAAGUCUUUCCAUUUUUUUUUCACUAGGUUUUAGUAGUGCAUUUGUUUACAUACACCAUGCUUCUAUAUUUAGACAAAUUUUCUAUAUAAUUAUGAGGCUAUGUAAACUAAUACUAAAGGACUCUCAUAAAAAUAAAGAUGGAAACGCAAAUGAAUUUGUAAUUCACAGAAAAUUCCACAUCAUUUCAUACUUCUUUGUGGUACUGUUUUUAAUUAUGUCAGAAAAAUCAUGAAGAAUGUUUGGUGGCAUAACUAAUAUUGUAUAAUAAUGUCAGUAUCUGUUUGAAGGCAACAUAUUUUCUAUUAGAUGAUUUGUUUUGUUCCAAUGACUUUAUAUGUUUGUUAUAUUGGAGGAUUGGUGAUGAAAUAAUAUCUAUAUAUCCAUUAUAGAUUUGCUCAACAGUGUCAUUAUUUAAGGAUAAUAUUUUUAAAAAAACAUUGUCAUCCUGCUUAAGUAUUUUUUGUAUGUUUUCUAAAAUUAUUUUAUACCAAUUUCAAAUGGUUUUCUUGUAUCAAAGUUAAGAGUUAUCUUGAUAUAUAAAAAAUUAACAUUGAUAUUUCAAAUACCUAAGUUUGAUGUAACAUAGAUAAAAGAAAAUAUUAAUGGUAUGUGUGUAUUUAAACAAAUGCUGUAAAUAUCAUAUAUGUUCAUACAUUUAUAUUGAAAAUACUUUUCAUUGUUAAUUUUCAAAUAAAAAUGUUAUUUUGUUGA